AUGGACAGCUUCGCAGAGCCCCGCCGCCCCACGACCCCCGUCUCCCUCGCCGCCGUCCGCGACCAGGUCCGCAAGCUCGAAGCCGACCACAUCGCCAACGGCAUCCCUCUCUCUGGCCGCAUCGUCCACGUCUGCCAUUACCUCCCCGUCUCCUCGUCCUACAGUCGCAAACGUCACGACCUUCCCAGCCCGCCUCCGACCCCGCCCACCGCGCCCUCUGAUAUCCCCGCGAGCCCGACGGAGGGCACCGCACCGCCCCACGAUGUGCCAUAUCAGCAGCCCCAGCCCCAACCUGCCCAACUGCAGGAAGAGGACACGAACUGGACGCUGAACGUGCGCUACGGGCAUUCCGCAAUGGUCAGCGGGAGAUCCAGCCUUGCGUCGACCCACGAGCAGGUCGUCAUCGGCUGGACCGGCGACAUCACGUCGGCCCCGACUACGCUCCCCCCAGCCGCCUAUGGCGCUCCCUCCGCCUCCACGGUUCCCACCAAGGAUGUCGGCGAGGAGGACCGGCAGACACUGGAACGCCUGUUGGCGAAAUACCGCUCACGAGAAGACGCUGAGAUCGAGGACGGCAAGCAGAUUACCUACGUGCCUGUCUGGCUCGACGACAAGGAGGCACAUGGUCACUACGAAGGCUACUGCAAGCAAACUCUCUGGCCACUCUUCCACUACCUUCUCUGGCAGGAUGUCGCAACCGAGUAUGCGUCUGCCGACGCGCAUUGGGGCGCAUAUAAAGCCGUCAACGAGGCCUUUGCGAAGCGCAUCGUCGAAGUAUACAAGCCCGGCGACCUUAUCUGGAUCCAUGACUACCACCUACUGCUCGUACCGUCGAUGCUCCGCCAGGCCCUCCCAGAAGCCGCGGUCGGCCUCUUCGUGCACACGCCGUUCCCGAGCUCGGAGAUCUUCCGGUGCUUGCCGCGCAGGAAGGAGAUCCUCGACGGCAUGCUCGGCGCAAACCUCAUCUGCUUCCAGACGUACUCGUAUUCUCGGCACUUCACCUCGUCGUGUGUCCGCGUGUGCGGAUAUGAGAUUACGGCGACGGGCGGAAUCGAUGUUGCGGGACACGUUGCGUCGAUUGCUUACUGCCCCGUCGGCGUCGACGCGGAGCGGGUUGAGAAGGAUACUCUGCGCCCGGGCAUUCAGCCGAAGCUCGAGGCGCUCCGUGCGCUGUACGAGGGGAAGAAGAUCAUUGUUGGGCGUGAUAAGCUCGACGUCGUGAAGGGUGUUGUGCAGAAGCUUCGUGCGUUUGAGAAGCUCUUGUGUGAUUACCCCCAGUGGAUUGGGAACGUCGUCCUGAUCCAGGUGACGUCCCCCGCGCUGUCCGACUCGCCCAAGCUCGAGCGACAGGUCUCUGAGCUUGUCGCGCAUAUCAAUGGCGAGUAUGGUUCGCUCGACUUCAUUCCUGUGCACCACUACCACCAGACUAUCAAGAAAGACGAGUUCUACGCGCUACUGUCAGUUGCGGACCUCGGUGUGAUCACACCUCUUCGGGAUGGCAUGAACACCACCUCGAUGGAGUUCAUCCUCGCGCAGAACCGCUCGAAGAAGAGCCCGCUCGUCCUCUCCGAGUUCAUGGGCAUAUCCAGCAACAUGGGCGACGCCAUGCAAGUCAACCCGUGGAACCUUGUGGAAGUCGCCGCGGCGAUGCACCGUGGGCUGACGAUGGCUGACGACGAGAAGGCGCGGCGGCACGCAACGCUGUACGACACCGUGCGGACACACACGUCGCACACGUGGGCCGCGACGCUCGCGAAGAUCCUCCUCCAGCAGAUCGGCGGGCAGAACCUUGCGAAGAUGACCCUCCCCAUGCCCAAGGACCGCCUGGAGGCGCAGUACCGUGCCGCGAAGAAGCGGCUGUUCUUGCUCGACUACGAUGGAACCCUCUCACCGAUCGUGCGUGUCCCGAGUGCGGCGGUGCCCUCGCCACAGACCCUCGAGGCGCUCGAGAACCUCAGCAAGGACCCGCGCAACGUCGUCUUCAUCAUCUCUGGCCGCGACGGUGCGUUCCUCGAGCAGCACCUCGGCCACAUCCGUGGCCUCGGCAUGAGCGCCGAGCACGGUGGCUUCGUGCGCGAGCCGGGCUCGAGCGAGUGGACGAACUUCACGGAGCACCUGGACAUGGAGUGGAUGGGCGAGGUGCUGGAGAUAUUCAAGUACUACACUGAGCGCACUUCGGGGAGUCAUAUUGAGGUCAAGAAGAGCUCGAUUACGUGGCACUACCGCUCGGCGGACCCAGAGUGGGGUCUUUUCCAGUGCAGACAAUGCCAGGACCUACUCGAGAACAACCUCGCUCGCAAACGCCCCAUUGAGGUCCUCGUUGGCAAGAAGAACCUUGAGGUUCGUCCCUUGGCUGUCAACAAGGGCGAGAUCGUCAAGCGCAUCCUCUACUACAACCCCGACGCCGAGUUCGUCUUCUGUGCUGGCGACGACAAGACCGACGAAGACAUGUUCCGCGCGCUCCUCCUGUUCAACGGCGACAAGACACAGGCGACGCUCGACCCGCCGCUGUCGGUCACCCUGGUUGCCGGCGAAGACGCGAGCAAGUUCAAGCCCGUCGACCUCCAGCUCACGCGCGAAGGCGCAUUCACGACGGCCGUCGGCCACAGCAGCAAGCGUACGCUCGCGGCAUGGCACGUCCCCAGUCCCGAGGACGUCGUCACCCAUCUGCUCGACCUCGGGCACAUCGCCAGGGACGAGGCAGAUGCGAAGCUCUGAGGUCGUUCCUCGCAACUCAUCUAGGCAAGGCUAUGCAUAUUUCACGACCUUUAUGACUUCUUUCUCUCCUCUCUCUCGGUCCCUGACAGUGAAUCCGCAGCGCAUACACGAGACUUGUGGUUCCUCGACGGACAGGUCUUACGCACACGAGGCGAUUUGUACGAGUGUAAUGUGCGAUGUGAAUGUGGCCGCAGCACCAAUCGUGUAUAUUUUGACACCCAAGCAUAUUUACUUAGGGACAUAG